AUGAAACGCAGUAUCCAGACUAUUGGUUUACAGUUGGGUCUAGUUGGAGUCAUAAUAAUAAUGGUAAACUAUCAAAUCUUCUACCACAAUCAAGCAGGAAAUAAAAAAUGUAAUUGUGACGAGAAAGAAACUUGGAAGACGAAAAAGAAAUCUAUGACGAAUUCUUCUCCGAUUUCUUUCCCUGGAUUCAAUUCCGUAUCGGACCUGGCUAUCCGACUAGGACUCCAUGCUAAUUUGACGCAAUGGAGCUCCUCGUCUGCAUCUCUGUUGUAUGGACAUCACCGAUCCAAGAAAAGUUUACUGACAUUGGGGAUACCUUCAGUGAGACGUCCGAACGGAAGAAAUUAUAUUCUGGGGACCAUUAAAUCUAUAAUAGAUAACACAGACGACGAUGAAAAGUCACACAUAACCGUUGUCAUUUUUGUUGCUGAUUUCAAUGAAACUUGGAACCUUGAAAUGGCUAGCAAGCUGUACACGACCUUCCGAGAAUAUUUUGAUACCGGAAUGUUACAAGUUGUUAAUGCUCCGUUGAAUAUAUAUCCAGAUUUCAAAUCGAGUAUUGUUAAAGGCCCCCAACGCGACAAUGCUCAAAGAACACUAUGGAGGUCAAAACAGAACUUGGAUUUUGCUUUUGUGAUGCUGUAUUCUAGAAAUAUAUCUGAAUAUUACAUCCAGUUGGAAGACGAUGUCGUUUGUGCGCAGCAUUUUGUGAAUGAUAUAGAAAUUUUUGUCAAUAAGACAAAACGUUUUUGGAUUUGUUUAGAGUUCACCGAGUUAGGAUUUAUUGGAAAACUGUUUCGCUCAGUACACAUUGAAAGAUUAGCUCACACGUUACUAGCAUAUUAUGAUUCGAAACCUUGUGAUCUCCUAUUAGGUCAUGUGUUUCGGAUCUUAGGACAGAGUGCACCGAUUCAUUCAUCGCCAUCUCUGUUUCAACACAUGGGAAAAUGGUCAUCGUUAGAACACAAAAUGAUGCCAUCGAUUGAUAAAAACUUCAAAGGAUUCGGUGAAAAGGACUUGCCUAUUAUUGAGGUACCCAAGGGAGAUAAUCCUAAAGCGUCCUUAUUAACAAAUAUGAAUUGGGCAGACGGAUAUGGUCCGGGACAUGCAUAUAAUCAUUCUUCGUCAUAUUUUUGGGCCACAGACCCUCGAAGGCGGAGCUUUUUUGAAAUUGUAUAUAGAUGGCCAAUGACUAUCAAGAAAAUAAUUAUUUCAACAGGAGAUGCUAAAAAUAGAAAAGACUCCUUGGAUGCAGGAGCUGUCAGAGUAAGCGAUUCUGAACCUUGUCAUACGAAAGGCACACUUCUAGGAAACUUUGUAGCGGGGGAAUUCGACUCUGAAAUUUUAGGAAGUAAAAUCCCCCAAGGUAUAAAAUGUAUAGCAGUAAUUAUAGUCAGCAGCCAACGGGGUUGGCUGAUAAUUCGUGAUAUAGCUGUUUUUGUUACGUGA